AUGACUUCGCACAAAAUUCAACACUGUAUAUUCGUCGAUGGGGAUUUCGGUCGACAUGAGCUAUUUAACAAUGUUCAUCCUUAUACCUUAAAUCGUCUUGCUAAAUUAAAUGAUGUUUUAACGUCUAAAUUACACAAUGAAGAAGUGAUGAAAUUAAUGAAUAAUCCAUCAAAUAUUCAUUUUUAUAUUUGCUACAAUUCAUCCUCGACAGAUAUUGAUCACUAUUACAAGGUAUUAAAAGUAACUUAUCCUCAAAGUAUACGAUUGUAUUCAUCGAUAAAUACAGCAAUCAACGACUGGCAACAUAAAUGCGAUCAUAUUUGGAUUAUACACGGAAUUGAAAAUACUUACCAAGAAUUAAUUGAACAAUUAAAAUUCAAUAAAAAAACACAAGCAAAUAUUUCAAGUUAUUCUUGGUUGCAAAACAUAAAAGAUGGCUCCGAUCGAAUUGAAUAUUUAAUUAAUAAUAAGAUACAAAAUCUUAACGAUAAUCGAAUUGAAGAGUCAAAUAUUGAAGUAACAACAACAACGACGAUGUCUACUACGGAAAAACCAAAGAAAUCUAACAGAAGACAAUUGAUAAAAUGUGAUGUUGACAAUUGUAAGAAACAAUUUAAGAAUGCGGAUGCUUUAAGAAGCCAUCAAUUAGCUAAACAUCCAACUUCACAAGUAGUUGUACAACAUGAAAUAACAAAAAAAAUGUCCACGCAAACUUCUAUACAACAAAAGAUUCAUGGAUACAAGAAUAAACAUGUAGAUGUAAAUGUUUUACCAGAUCAUCUAUCAGCCAAUUAUCCAGUCGAUCCAGUAAUUACAGAUGAUGAAACAUCGGAAACGUCUAUUACAGAAUAUUACAAAGAGACUAAUAACAAAAUAAACAUAAAAUGCAAUAUUGAUGGUUGCAAGAAGAAAUUUUGGAAUGAAGAUGCUCUGUACAAUCAUCAAUCAAUUAUGCAUGUAAGUGAUCAGACAGAUACAAAUGAUGAAAUAUCAUCAGUAUCCUCUUCAAAAAAUCGAGAAAAUAUCAUUACAAUACGAAAACACGAAUGUGGUUUUGAAAAUUGCACAAUAUCGUGCAAAAAACGACGUUCAUUAUAUGUACAUAUAAUAGAAACACAUUCAAUUCCGCUUCAAUGUCCAUGGAGUAGCAAUUGCAAACAAUCAAAUUAA